ACGCAGCAAAAUAACGCGCGAAAAUUUCACUAAUAAGAAAACAUUAAGUGCAUUAUAGUGACUGGAUCCGUAUCCAAAUCGGGUAAACGACAGUGCAGAGUGAGCCGUGCCCCGCCUGUACAAUAUAUUCGUGUUCCCAGUGUCGUCACAGUAGCUGUAAACCUCGUUCGCCGGCUACAUCGAAAUUCCAAAUUUUGACUCGUUUUCUGUCCGUCCGGCCCAAGGAUUCCCGCGAAGCAGGUGGAGCAGAGAAGAUGAUGGUGACCACCUGGUACCCGCCACAUGGUGUGCCACUGCUGCUGGACCUCAGUCAGCUGCCACCGCAGACGCAUUUUGAGCGCUGGCUGCUACUGCUCCAGGUGCUGGCCUUCUCCAUCUGCACGCAACUGUUCCUGCUGCUGGUCUUCAUGGGCUUCGCCGUUUUCCAGCCCUGUUCCUUGGUACGUCGCCAACUGUACGAGUGCCAGCGUCGUCGCUAUGCCAACUACAUCUUUCGCCGUCUCCUGUGGCAUCUAAACGUGGCAUUCGCCUCGGCCACGUGUUGCCUGGACGGCAACGAUGAUCAGCAGCGGCUGCUGGACAGCUGCCUUGGGGCCAGCGAACAGGCGAGCCUGGCCGUGCAGCUGUUUAGGCGCGAUGCCUUUAAGGUGCUCUAUCCGACGCAGGAACUGCUGGCGACAUCGCCCGGGGAAUUGUAUUUUGUGGCGGACGAGGAGGAGCAGGAGAUGGCGGAGGCCGGUUACGGCGGUACGGACGUCAAGGUCGAGGUUAGUGAUGAGCUAUUGAUGUACUUGCUAUACCCGGAGCGGUGUGUGUCCGCACCAAUCAAGUGAUCCCUUCCUCUAUUGUUUUUUGGACACAGCCGAGGACUUGAGGUGAAAGCUGGGGGGGAGUGGUGAUCCACCGCCGCCAUAGGAUAGGCAUUGCAGCCGCGAAACGUAUAUUGUCGAGUUUUAUUUUUUUUGGGGAAAAAGUGCAUCUGCA